AAAGCAUUAUUUGUCGGGACCUACUCUAAUUAUGGAAAUUAUGGGGAAGGAGGAUCUUCCACGUUGGAAAAUCCUAAAGAAUUGCUUUCAGCAUUGGAAAUAAUACUUUGCUUCCUAAAGCGUACGUCUGGAGGCGAUCAUGACAUACUGAUCACAGAAUACAUUGAAAAUUGGAUGAAGUUAGCAGUAUUAAAAGAAAAUAAUAAUAGUUAUAAAUUAUUGCAAAAAGCUGGUUUACAACUUAAGCAUAUAGUAGCAUUAUAUGAGUUAGUAGAAGAACAUAUAGCCGAUGUGGUUGCCACUUGUAUCCAUCAAAAAUAUCAAGAUAAACUUGGUUAUUCAUUGCAGCAAGAAAUUAUAGAUGCAGUUGAUUUAGAAUCAUUUGAACAAGAUGAGCAAAUACAAAAUACCAAGUCAAAUAAAAAUAUAUGCAUUCCGGCUAAAGCGUUUGUUACUUCAUUGAAAAGAUUUAUAAUACGAUAUUUGACUACUAAUGAGAACAUUAGUGAAAAAGGAAGCUUAAAGUAUUAUUUGGUAGAAGAUGAAAGUUUAGAAUGUUGGCCUGAUUGGGUAGAUAAAAAUGUCGUUAAUAAUAAAUUUCCUCCAUCUUUACGGAUUUCACAUACAUUUGAAACUUAUCAAGAAAGGGAGAAAUCUUGA